UUCAGCCUCCUCUUCUGCUGGCAGGUGGCACCCAGGCAGAAGUCUACGUUCGGUCUCUCUCUCCCUCGGCUCCCGGCCGCGAGGCACUCGCCGCUGCUGCUCCUUAGCUCCUCUUCAGCUCCUGCGCUCCAGCCCCAGCCUCGCUGAGCGACCGCGCCGCCCCUCCGAGCACCGGGAGCGGCUGGCCCCGCUCGCGCUCCCCGCGCGGGUCUCUGAGGGUGCGCAUCUAUUAGAGUAGUGGUGGCUGCAAAGGAGGAAGAAAAAAAAAGCAGGGGAAGAGCAAGCGAAAGAAGAGGAGAGGCAGAAAAAGGCAACUUCAGAGGGAAAGUUGGUGCGAACUGGCGCAGUCUGCAAAAACGGAAAAGUCGAUCGCAGGCAGUGGCAUAAAAGUGUGAGCGGGCCCGCGGGCGCAAGAGGCGGCGGCUGGCUCUGCCCUCCUAGUGGCGGGCGGCCGCCCCGAGCGUCGGCAGCCACAGGUGCGAAGGGGCUGGAAGGAAAGAGACAGGAGGGCGCACUGCGCACCCCUCCCCCAGCCUCCACCCCCCAGCUCGGGACUUCAGCUCAAGUCACUAGGCGUCCGAGCUCCCUCCCCAGCCGCAGCCUCGCGGGGGGAGCGGGAGCAGCCUGGGAGCGGCCGACGCCCGCCCGCCCAGGGGAGUCGGGGUUCGCAGGGGGUUGUUUUCGGCUCUGAAGAGGUCCCCGCCCAACCUUCAAAAUUUUGUCCAAAAGCAGACAAGAGGAUCGCCCCGCGCUGAGCCGGCUGGUGGGCAGCAGGAGGCGCCUGAUCGCCGCCGGGGCGCUGGGGGUGGUGAUGGUGCUGCUGCUGGUCAUCCUCAUCCCGGUGCUGGUGAGCUCGGCCGGCACGUCGGCGCACUACGAGAUGCUGGGCACCUGCCGCAUGGUCUGCGACCCCUACGGGGGCACCAAGGCGCCCAGCACGGCGGCCACGCCCGACCGCGGCCUCAUGCAGUCGCUGCCCACCUUCAUCCAGGGCCCCAAAGGCGAGGCCGGCAGACCCGGGAAGGCGGGCCCGCGUGGGCCCCCCGGUGAGCCCGGGCCACCGGGCCCCGUGGGCCCGCCGGGCGAGAAGGGCGAGCCGGGCCGCCAAGGCCUGCCGGGCCCGCCCGGGGCGCCCGGCCUGAACGCGGCCGGGGCCAUCAGCGCGGCCACCUACAGCACGGUGCCCAAGAUCGCCUUCUACGCCGGCCUCAAGCGGCAGCACGAAGGCUACGAGGUGCUCAAGUUCGACGACGUGGUCACCAACCUCGGGAACCACUACGACCCCACCACGGGCAAGUUCACCUGCUCUAUCCCGGGCAUCUACUUCUUCACCUACCACGUCCUGAUGCGCGGCGGGGACGGCACCAGCAUGUGGGCUGAUCUCUGCAAAAACAACCAGGUGCGUGCCAGUGCAAUCGCCCAGGAUGCUGAUCAGAAUUACGACUAUGCCAGUAACAGCGUGGUUCUUCACUUGGAGCCAGGAGACGAAGUCUACAUCAAAUUAGAUGGUGGGAAAGCCCAUGGAGGGAACAACAACAAAUACAGCACAUUUUCUGGAUUUAUCAUUUACGCUGACUGAUAAUGCAGGCGUUAAGUUUAUUAAUCUGAGUUUGGACGCUGGAUUCGUGUGGCUAACAUCAGUGAAUCAAGGAUCCCAGGGGAAUGCCAGUUGUGGGGCACCUCAGUUGUGUAUAUGUGGGGAAUUCAAAUGCUACCUGACUCACAUCUGCAUUCUCAGAAACAUUAUGUAAAAAAA